GCUGAGCAUGAAAUCUACCACAUAGAACUAUCUGUGUAUGAGUUUUGAUUAAUCAUAGGUUUAUUGUUAGCCUCUACACUUUGAUGGCAAAACGAACAGGACGACAGAGGAGUCAGCUGCCACACUGUUACUAUGAAGGAUACCUGGAGAAGAGAUCGUUUAAAGAUAAGACAACUCGGAAAAUGUGGACGUGCCUGUGUGGAAACACGCUCUUCUUUUUCAAUGAGAAGAGAGAUGCUAAUUAUAUAGAGAAACUGGAUCUCAGUGGAUUGAUCUCAAUAACAGACGACGGCAGCGUGGAUCGUAACUUGGAUGCAGCCAGACUGAACCUCCAGAUGAAGAAUGAAAACAUCAAAUUCAAUGCCCCUAAUGCUGAGGCUCGUGAGCUGUGGAAGGGCUUUAUUCACUCUGUGACUGAGCUUUCUGUGCCCUCCUCCCUCAACCUGCUACCAGGACAGAUCCACAUGCUAAAAGAGACAGUGGAACGGGAAAAGGAAAGAAUAAAUAACGUCCCUCCACCUGCUGUCACCAACAACGAUCCUUACGUCACCCUCCAUGCAGACAUGCCAGCCUGUUUCUACAGCAUGUCCCGUCUGGAGGCAGAGCUGCUGCUUGAAAGAGAAGCUAAGAGAGGAAACUUGCUGUUGAGGCCGGGGAGUACUGGAUACUCCUUCGCCAUCACCACCAGACAGGAGUUUGAUGGCUCCAUAUUCAAACACUACCGCGUGACUCGAAAACACAACGGGGGCUUCAUCAUUGAUGUGGACACUCCUGUCCCCUGUGCCACGCUGCAUGAUGUGAUCAACUAUUUAGUAGAAAAAACGGACAGAGUGCUGAUUCCCCUCAUCUUAGAGGAAGCAUACGAGAAGAAUAUCUCUUUUAUUCGAUCUGAUAAUGAAAAUGGAGAAACAACAGUUGAGGAUGCCCCAGCAUUCCUUCUCCCACCAAGUGUACCUCCCAAACCAGUGUCUCUAAGGUUACAGAGUCCUGAACCAGUACUAGAAGCAGCUGUGGAGGAAAGUUUGUAUCUGAAUGACAUGCCGAAGGAGCCAGAACAAGAGAAAGAAGAUUCCUCAGCUGUUCCUCCACAACCUGAUAUGAAAGCGUCAAAGAAAGCAAUAAUCCCGCCAACUCCUCCUCCUCGCAAGUUAGCCCCGGCUGCAUUGUUAUCCGUCCCUGUCCUUUCUACAAACAGAAGAAAGUUGAGAGCCCAGUCAGACCCUCUAGAGCAGACGAUAUCAGAGCUGAAACUGAAGUUGGAAAAACAUGCAAGGUGUGUAGAGUGACCUCUCCUGGUGGCCUUUCCAAACAAUCACUACCUGCACAGAACCACCCGUCUGCAGCUGCAAGAGCUGCGUUUCCACACACAGCAUCACAAACACUGGUGACACUUUAUGAUAAGGGUAUAAAUCAUGCAGAAUAGGCCUAGUGGUAUUUUUAACACAUUUACAACACAGUGGGUGGAACAUGAUUUGUUGUUUUGUGUGUUGUUGUUGAAAGCAGUGGAGUGUAGCACAGAACAGAAAGAUGCACUAAAACUAAAAUCAUUCAGCAUGUAAAUUUACAAAUUAAGCUCAACAGAAGUGCCACAGGCCUACACAAUAAACUGAUAACUUCUACUCUCAUAGAAAUAUGAAGUUGUUUUUUUUUAAUCAGAGGCUGAGAAAGUCCUAAAAUAAACUUUUAUGUAAUUAAUUUUGUCACAUAUCAAUUAAUGCAGGAGGUAACUGUGAAUAAACAUUCCCCAACUGAUGGUCUAUUAUAUGAGAACUGAUCACAUAGUGACUUGAUCAUUAAUGUAUGGUGCUCAUCAGGAAUUCACGAUACUUCAUUAAUUCAUGCAUUAGUUAUGCAUUACUUAAAUACAUGAUUUGUACCCUUAUAGUAAAGUGUUACCCAAACAGGCUCUGCAUCGUGGCUCUGCAUCGUGGCUCUGCCCCUCCUCGUUGGCUGGCUGACAGCAGUUAAGCCUCUGAAGAUCGAUUCACUCUUCUCAGGCACUCAUUAGCAAAUGAAUUGACUGUAAAGACGGGUGUACAUGUCACAUUAUCUUCACCAUGUUUCUCUUGAACAUUUUGCACAUAUACCACUGACAAUGAUGUACAUUUUCCUAAUCAGAUUUGAUCAAAUUUCCUAUAUCAGUGUUGUUUUUGUAUCAUUUUGAAGUGUCACUUGUGACCGGUUUAUUUUAUUGUAACCUUUUUUUGUCAUUUGUUCUGCCUCAGAGGCAUCAUGUUGUUGUACAUGUAUAUAUAUAUAUAUAUAUAUAGUAACCAGUGUGCUACUGCCUGUCUGUAUAAGCUGAAGUCAACCGUGAAUGAACACAAAUCACAGAAAUUAAAUUAGAGUUGGCUUGUGAUUAGUGCAACAACUGAUUUGCUUCUGUCGCAUCAAAUCAGAAAAGUGAACAAAAUGUUUUAGUAUGUGCCAUGCAGCAGUUGAAAAACAACCAGAAAUGAAACAGUUUUAUGAUGUUUUGUACCUGGCCUACUUUGUAUUCUUUAAACUCUUCUCGUUCUGUCUAUUUCCUGGUUGAAACAGACAUCCAUGAACAGAACAAAGUGCUCUCACUCCUUUAUUACCACAAUGACUGAUACAUUAUAGUGGAAAAAUUAAACUAUUUACAAUAAAUCGUGACAUCUGUCAGCAUGUGAAAUAAAGUAAACAUAAUUCUCAGC